GAUAAUAUAAUUUUCAUGACGGGAAUUACAGGUCUGAUAUCAAUUUUGAAAUUUUUACUAUUGAUAGUAUAUAGACUUUUCACAAUAGACAACAACAUCACUUAAGAUAUGAAUGAAACAAAAGAAGGCGAUGACUCCAUGCAAGUCGACAUUCAUUUUGUGACCUUCAUUGUGCCAAUCAGGAUUCCAUAAAUAUUUCUGAUUUUUGGACGAUAAGAUGCUGGUCAAUUUGGUGAUAAUCUGAGAUAAAAGAGUUGAAAAAUAUUUGUGAUGACAAAAUGGUAAGCAUAAAGUUUCCAUACGAUAGAAGGGUGAAAUAUGAAGUCGGUAAUGAAAGUGGAGAUCAUACAGAGGGACAAGACGAUGUUGAUGGACCACAUUGUAGGCAGUCUAAACCAAAUAUCAUUGAUACAAACAGUCCACUUAUUGUUGACGGCAUAGAUGGAAGUGAUCCAACGAUAGAUAACAAUAUCAAUGAAGUCAAUCCAAAAAGCUGCUGUAGGAAUGAUUGCACGCCUGAUUACUCCAGUUCCGAGAAAUAUCCCUUUCCGUUCCGUGGCAUAGACCUACUUGCAUCAGUUUUGUCAAUAGUCUUUUUCCUAUUUGAUGUAAUUUCAGACGUGGUUCUUGCUGAAGAAUAUUAUCGGUUUCAAAGAUGGAUUCCGUUUGUAUUUACUAUAUCAUUGAUCAUCCUUCCUCAUCUAGUAUUGAAUGCCAUCAAUAUCUCCUGGUACUAUAAUGACUAUAUCAAAGAAAAGAACAGUCAAAGGCCAACAAAGAAACUAGUAUGGAUUUUAAGAAUUUUGUUUUCUUUACCUUUUUUGCUUGGACCUGUUGUCAGAAAUGUGGAAUAUAUUCACUAUGGAUUUAAAAGCAAGUCGGGAUCAUUAACUGAAAGUAAAAGACGUUAUUUCUAUAAAAUGGUAUUAUGUGAAAAUGCAGAUGCUGCAAUGCUAAGGAUGAUUGAAGCUUUCCUAGAAUCUGCCCCACAGCUAGUUUUACAGAUAUACAUAAUAAUGACAGAAGUUAACAACGAUGGACCAAUGAUGCAAAUCGUUCGACCUGCAUCAAUGAUUGGAUCUGGUAUUGGAGUAUCCUGGUCGUUGGUAUCUUAUCAAAAGGCACUCAGGUUAUCAUAUAAUAGAAAGGAAAGGAAACUAUCCCUCUUAGCAGUGAUUUUCUACUAUAUCUGGAAAUCCUGUGAAGUUGCACCAAGAAUAAUCCUAUUAUCACUUUCUGCAGCUCAGUUUGGCUAUCACAUGCUUGUAGCAACAGGUAUUCAUUGGAUCUUAAUGUCACUUUGGGUUGGGCGUCAGAAUCAAGAAAUGUAUGAUAAAAUGAGAGAUAAAAUUGUUCAUUAUAUUGUAAUUGGAUAUGUAUUGAUAUUUUGUUUCCAGAAUGUACAAAAGGGUAAAACUCGAUACAGAGCUAUGUUUUAUUAUUUUGUAACAUUUGUAGAAAACAUCAUUAUGUUAAUACUAUGGGCAUACUUUACACAUCAUAGAAGAGAAUGGGUUUACCUCGCUGUAAUCGUUACAGUACCUACAUGCAUGUUAGUUCAGAUUAUUGUUCAAAUAUUGUAUUAUAAAUGUGUCCAUCCUGAACAUACACACAUUUGGCUUUGUUAAAACAUUUAUAGAUUUCAAUGUCAAAUACCAUUCCAUCUCUAUCAAUUUAUUAUAACAAUGAAUUGAUCUUCAUUCUUUGUUUUUAUGUAUAUGUAUUAUCCGAGGAUUUAAGUCCUGCUUGUUAAUGUGGUCUGUAUUACUUUGUAUUAUUUUGGCCAUGCAUGUUAUUCUGUUUAGGUAAUAUUCUCAUUUGGAAAAAAAGGUAAACAAACUAGAAAUUCAAUUUGUGGACUUGUGCUUGUGUCUUUGACAAAUUCCCUUUUAUCGUUUUCAAUUUCAUUCCAGUAUUUGCAUUUCAAUUUAUUAUAUU